AUGUAUGUCUUCCCCGAUCUGGUGGCCAACCUGAAGCUAAAUGACGACGACAGGACCGAAAAGUUUCCCCUCUUCGAACAAUCCCUACCGGUCACUACACUUCCGCGGACUGUGGCCCCCGCUUGGGAACGGCGACGCCGGCCUUCGAAUACCAUGUACUCAGCUUUCCUCCGGCGCUGCUCAGCAUUCCUCCGUCGGGCGAACAAGUUCAAGCAGCGCAUCCCGCUGAUCAACCAGCUGCACCUCAACUUUAUAUUCCUCCAUUAUACCUAUAUUAUCACAUGGGCCUUAAUCGGUUCCGUCAUCGUUUAUCCCGGUAACGAUAUCGCCUACAUCGAUGCCCUCUUCCUCUCGGCGGGCGCCGCCACUCAGAGCGGGCUGAACACAGUCAACCUGAAUGAGCUGCGCCUGUACCAGCAAAUUGUGCUCUACUUUAUUACAAUGUUCUGCACUCCAAUCCUCAUCCACAGCGCACUGGUUUUCAUUCGUCUAUACUGGUUCGAAAAGCGCUUCCAGCACGUGGUCCGUGAUGCGCGCGCCUUGCGUACGACCCGCUCUCGCAUGGACACAACCAGCCGAGGUAAGAAUAGUGACGAAAUCAAUCGCGCAGAACUCGGAGUCAGCGGUCGUCCCAUCGUCGUGCUGCGGGACGGUUCAGGUCAUGCGCGAGGCGACCGACUCCCCAAUCCCACGAUGAAGUCCGUCGAUGACGUGCAAUCCGAGACCGAAACACCCGGGAACGAUGCGAGCGGCCGAUCCAGCAGCGACGAUGAUCGGAUGGAACGUCGGUUCGGCUUGGGCAGCCUGAAAGUGCCGACGCAACUUAACCCGGAACAACACAUUGCUUUCUUGGAAAAUCAGCGGAAGAAUAAAGGCGCCCUGCGCAUCCCCAGUCCUCGCGAAUACGAUCGCGGUGGUGUCCCCGAAACUUUGGACGAUGGCGAGGAUGAGAGGCAUGGCCCAGUUCAGCCUUCAAGUCCGCGAUCCGAUCGCCGACGCAGCUCUACGCAUUCGGACGAAAACGACCAUGUCCCACCCCUUGAGCCGCCGCACAUCACCAUCAAUGAGCCCGAAUUCCCUCGAACUCGCACUCGCGGAAGUACAUUCCCCCGCCUGGAUACGAGGCCUACCGUGCGAGACACUAAGGAGGUAAACGAGACGACUGGGGGCUUGGGUAACGCUGGCACGCGGAAUACUGUCCGGGGAAUCUGGCGGUCACUAACCCAGGAGAGAGACCACACAACCCAGCCCUAUCUCAGCUGGAACGCGACGGUGGCUCGAAACUCCAACUUUGUCGAUCUGACCGAGGAGCAGCGUGAUGAGCUGGGCGGUAUUGAAUACCGCGCGCUUAAGACUCUUGCAGUCGUGCUGAUCUCUUACUAUGUUGGGUUCCACCUCGUUGGCAUCUUGUGCCUGGUCCCUUGGAUCGUUUCGGAAGACCAGCCUUGGGGCAAUGUGGUCAAGGCAGAUGGAGUUGGACGACCCUGGUGGGGUAUCUUCACUUCUGCCUCUGCAUUUAACGAUUUGGGCUUUACCUUGACACCGGACUCGAUGUACUCCUUCCAGAAGGCUGUCUUUCCUUUGCUGAUCAUGUCGUUUUUGAUCAUUAUUGGCAAUACUGCAUUCCCGUGUAUGCUUCGUUUGGUCAUUUGGACUCUCUCGAAAUUUGCUCGACAGGGAACGGCCCUUUGGGAGGAGCUCAAGUUCCUUCUUGAUCACCCACGUCGUUGCUUCACCCUUCUAUUCCCUCGAAAUGCCACCUGGUGGCUGUUUGCCAUUCUUGUUGCCUUGAACGGCAUUGAUGUCAUUUUUUUCAUCAUUCUGGACUUGAACGACUCGACCGUCACUGCCCUUGCACCCGGUAUCCGAGUCCUCGACGGCUUUUUCCAGGCCGCAUCCACUCGUACUGCAGGUUUCGGAAUUGUGAGUUUGUCGGACUUGCACCCCGCUAUUCAAGUCUCAUACUUGAUCAUGAUGUACAUUUCCGUCUUCCCGAUUGCCAUCUCCAUGCGUCGCACGAACGUGUACGAGGAGAAAAGUCUGGGUAUAUACGGUCCCGGUGACGAGGAGAAUGCCGAUGACGAGGAUGAUCAGACAGCACCCAGCUACAUCGGAGCUCACUUGCGACGCCAGCUGAGUUUCGAUUUGUGGUAUGUGUUCUUGGGACUAUUUGUCAUCGCCAUCGCGGAAGGGGACCGGUUGGAGGUCACCAGUGACUCUAGUUUCCAGCUCUUUACCGUCCUGUUCGAAGUUGUCUCUGCCUACGGUACUGUGGGUCUAUCCUUCGGGUACACUAAUGUCGAUACCUCUUUCUCCGGCCAAUUCAACGUUGUGUCCAAACUGGUGAUCAUCGCCAUGCAAAUCCGUGGCCGCCACCGUGGGCUGCCGUACUCACUGGAUCGUGCCGUCCUGUUACCCUCCGACGCUCUCAACAAGCGCGAGGCUGCUGAUGUUGACCGUCGCAUGCGCCGACGUGCCUCGAAUCUCAGCGGGGGCGAGUCCAUGGGUCGUCCACAGUCCCGGUCCAUGUCAAUGGGGCGUGACGCUGGUGUGACUACCGGCACGGAAGGCUACGACUGGCAAACCCAACAGCCGCAGACUAAUGGCGACGUGGUUCAUCGAUCAUCGACCAUGCGCUCCGCUCGUUAG